UAGAUUGAUAGCGGCUUCCUGAAAAUGUGACGAUGCACGUGGAAAGGGAAAGACAUGGAUACACGAAAGGGGGUCCUGCCGGUUCCUCCCUGAGCCUUGGAACAGCUCCGUGCGUGCGGGGCCCUGAGGAGCACGGACGCCUCUACAGCGCUGUCGUGGGACGCCAGGAAACGCAGGGCCCGGCCGCCCGCAGUCCCGAGCGAGGCAGCCGGCGCGCCGCCGCCGCCCCCUUGCCCUGCGUGCCGCAGCCCCUGCCCGGCGGGCGCGGGGAGCCGAGCGGACAGCGAGCGCGGCCGCCGCGGAGCCGGCACCUGGAGGCCAUGGAGGAAAGAUCGGCAGAGACCGGUGCCAGUGUGGAUGACUCGGCGCCCCCCUCGGUGGCCCAGCUGGCUGGGCGGUUUAGGGAGCAGGCAGCGGCUGCAAAGGAGACACCAGCCUGUAAGCCAACAAGAAGGAAACCGCCCUGCUCCCUCCCCCUGUUCCCCCCCAAGGUAGAGCUGGGCCAGAACGGUGAGGAGAAAUCACCGCCCAAUGCAAGCCACCCUCCUAAAUUCAAGGUGAAGAGUUCGCCUCUGAUUGAGAAGCUUCAGGCCAACUUAGCUUUCGACCCAGCAGCCCUGUUGCCUGGCGCCUCCCCCAAGAGUCCCGGACUCAAGGCCGUGGUGUCACCGUUCCAGAGCCCGCCGUCCACCCCCAGCAGCCCUGGCGUGCGGAGUCAGGCCGGCGAGCUGGAGGAGGUGCCGGUCAGCUUUGACCAGCCCCCCGAGGGCAGCCACCUGCCCUGCUACAAUAAGGUGCGGACGAGGGGCUCGAUAAAAAGGCGCCCCCCCUCCAGGCGGUUCCGAAGGUCUCAGUCGGACUGUGGGGACCUGGGAGGUUUCAGGGCCCCCGAGUCUUCCCAGGAGAAUGGUGCCAAGGAAGAGAAUGGGGAUGACGUGUUCCCAGCCAAGAGCAAGGCCCCGGGGUCCCCGCUGCCCAGCGAGGGGCCGGCAGGGGAGCUGGGGUCCCAGGAGAAGCCGCCUCUGAGGAGGCCGUCCAGCAGGACCGAGAAGCAGGAGGAGAAGGGCCGGGCCCCGGAGGACGCCCAGCACCCCCAGGAGGCCGUGGGGGGCUCUGGCGAGGAGGCGGCUCAGCCGGCCCAGGAGGCCGCCAACGGGCGCGGGAGCCCCACAGAGGAGAAAGCAGCCGGAGCGCAGCCGGAAGAGCCUGCGGAGGUGGAGGAGGAGGGGGCAGGAAACGGAGAGGAUGAGCCGGGGCCGAGGAGCCCAGACACCACGCCGCUGGCGGGGGAGGCGCCCGGGGAGGCCCCGCCGAGCCCCCCCGGGGGAGCAGAGGGCGAGCAGGGGAAGGCCGAGGAGGGGGCCGUUCCGGAGCCAGGCUGCAGCCCCAGCGCGGCCCCCGAGACCGAGGGUGACACUCCUGUCCAGGACACUAAGAUGUGAGCAGCUUUGUGCCUAGUGACAAAGCUGCUGGAGACCUCUCUCUAGAAGUAGCAGCAACAGUAGCAGCAGCAAAUGCAGCCAUCGCCGAAGCAGAAUCCCGCGCAGGGUCGGAGGCAGCCGGAAGACAGAGUGUGUCAUUUCCAGGUCUCCAUGCCGAACCCUCCCUCACAGAGACCAGCCGAGGGCAGGAGCCUCGUAUCAGCUUGAGUUUGUGUCACUGGAUGGACCUGGUUAAAAACAAACAAAAUUAUUUAAAACAAUUUACUGUGGUGGCAGCUCCCAGGAACCCCGCUGGUCAAGGGUGGGGCCUGCGUCCCAGCCACACCCACCUGCCUCGGAACUGGAUUCUGAUUUAGCUUAUCCAAUUUUGUUUGUGUAAAGUGAUAGCCUUUGUACUGUUUGGGAGUUUUUGCGAUUCGCAGAUGUAUGUACAAACGAAUUCUGGUGGCUGGGAACAGAAGAGCCUCGUGUUGCUGGAAACAAGUCCUGUAAGUUACGAAGACCUUCAAUUGCAGCCAGACCCCGAGACAGUCUCUCAGCUUCAUCCAAGUUGGAACUGGCCAGCCAGUUUUUAAAAGCUUGGACUGGAAAGAGAUACUUAUUGCAGCAUUAAAAAAUGGGUAUCUGUUCCAGCCACGGGAGCUUUUACUUUGGGUAGUUUUCUGGUUGAUGGCACACUGGGAGGUGACAGGUCAGCCCUCCCUCUUCUGCCAGGGACGAGGAGGUGGGGCAGGGAGCAAAUCUCAUGGCGAGGCAGAUGUCCUGAGGUUUCACGGCUCUGGGCGCCCCAUUGGCUCCGUGCAGAGCGAGGGCACCUUAACCAUGCCUGCCCUCUGACUUGUCCUGGGAGGGGGAGAUUCGCACUUUCAGAAGGAGAUCUUUCUCGCUCAAAGCGGCACGUUUUGAAAGGUACAUAACAAACACAUCCUUCCCAGAGUCCCUGGGAAGCUGCUCUUGAAUCAAAGCCCAGGCUCUCUUUCCAGACUCAGGACGGUUGGGUCUUCUGUCUGUUCUCACUGGGUAGCUUUCGCUUUUUCUUUGUGGAAAGGGCGGGGGGGGGGGGGGGUUUGCAAGGAACAGGGGCCUGACUCCCUGUUCAUUGACCAAUACCCUGUCCCCUCUUGAUGCACUGCCACCCAAAGAUGCCAGUCCAAAGAAGUGAUCCUUAGGGUCGGUUCUCAACUCAGAUUUGAGUACUUCAGGGUCUCGUCGUGCUAAUGAGGUAGGUGGAGCAGCUGUUUUCCUGGGGGUCUGUGAGACCACCUCCUACCCUGACUCAGACACAGUCCUCUGGACAGAGGGCCUUAUGUCACUGCUGGGACCUCAAAGUUCUCAUCCAUGACCGUUUUCCUAAUGCCAGAAUAGUGUUCAUACUCGGGAUAUAUACUUUUUCAAAACUAUUUUUAAAUACAUGCGUCUUCGAAAACUUGUAACAUAGUCAAGCCCAAUAUUAGUUUUAUGUUUUAGCAGAAUUUUAGAGAGAUGUGUGUUUCAGUUAACUUGAAGUCUGUUAAUGUGUAUCUAUCCAUCCAUCCAUCCAUCCAUCCAUCCAUCUUUCCAUCCCUCCCUCCCUCCCUCCAUAUCUAUCCUUCAUCUAUCUAUCAUCUAUCAACAGAGAUAUACAAACAGUUCUAUAUGGGUUUGUGUUGUUUCUACACACACGCAUAUUCAAGCCAGAGUUUAGUGAAUGUGUGCACGGCUAUGAGCAUGUGUGUCAUAAAGGGGACAUCUGCCACUUUACUUGAAAAAGGAGUGGAACAGAAAGCUUGGGAUAUAGAUGUGAAGAUGAAACUUUCUGUCUGGAGUGGCUACACCUUACAGUAGCAGGUGAGUAAGGAGCAAUGCAAUACGACAAGAAUGUGACACAGGGAACGGGUGUCAUGGGGUCAGAAUACCUUCCUAUCUGCCCGGUUCCUCAUUAGACACAUUUCUGGAUCUAUUUUGUGAGAAAACAGAGGCCCUAUUCCCAGAGGUUGUUAGUGAUGGGGACCCUUGGCAGGGAGUUCAUGACGCGCGGGAGCCUCGGCUCCUGCCAUGGGGCCGGGCCGGCUGUUUAUCACUGUCCUUCGCGAAGCAGCCGUGACGAUGUGUGGCAUUUGCAGAUCUGGGAUUUCAAAGUUGAGGAUCAAAGGGAUCCAUGCGUGUCUUAGGUGGUGCAAAGUCCUCACCGGGCCGGGAAGAUUUUGUCUCCUUCAGGCUUCCCUGAAGGAAAGGCUUGAAAGAAAAAUGGAUUCUGUAUCAGCCACAAGGCUAACGAAAGGGGCAGAGUCACUCCCUUGUGCCUUUGUCAUCCAGCCGGAACUUCACACUGUCUUUCCUUUCUCCAGAACCGGAGCAAGGGGAAGCCCCGGGGCGCUCUGAAGGGGUGUGCCAGUAUUGGGUGGGGGCUGCUACGCUGCUUCAGCGGCACACAAUGGCCACAUGGCCACGAGACGCCCGCGGCCUGGGCACUCCGCGCUGCUCGCCGAGGUCACCGUGAACCGUGCCGGUUUGGGCCUGUGGCCAGUAGGCGAGACGAUAAGUACGUGUCCAACAAAAGGAAGAAAUUAGUGGACAGGCAACCAGUUCAUCAUCUUCUUGUGAAUAAAUACUCUUGGAGUGUAAUAAUUUCAUACAGUUGAAUGAAUGAGGACCUUCAGUUGCUAAUGAAAGAAACCCACUCAAAUCGGCUGAUGAAAAACAGAAAACUAUGAAUCCAUCUCCCUCUCUCCCUCUGCCCUUCUCUCUCUCUCUCCAAAAUACACCGAAUAACGUGAGUUAAAAAUCCAUGCAUAGACCUAAUGCAACUCUGAAGCAGUAUCAGAAACCUCUCAUUCUUGGUCUCUGCGUUCCUCUGCGUUGGCCACACUCCCAAGCGGGCUCUUCACAGCCUGCAAACCAAUCAGAAAGAGAGUACUCUUUUCCAAUAACACUGGGGGGAAAGCCUGCAAAGGUUUUGUGUGGACGCCUGUGGGUCACAUGUUCAUACCUGAACUAGUCUUUAUGAUCGAGGAGAUGCAGAGAUCAGAUUGGCCAGGCCUGGGUCACCUGACACCCCCCUCCCCCCGGCCCCUGCCGGGAGCUAAGGGUCAAUCCUGUGCAAUCGGCAAUGGGAACAACAGGUGUCAAAUGGGGCGCUGUUACCGGAAACUAUGCUGGGUAGGUGUGUGCGCGACACACACACACGCCAGAUGUGUCCAAUAGGGAAAUCCCAGACACACCAAACUCCUAUUCCAUUGUUUACUAAAAAAUUAAAAUUUUUAAAAUCAACUUCAUGCUCUAUGGACCAGGUAAAAUAGCAUGAAGAGAAUGCUCCUGUAUGAUGUGUGAGCAGGUGACUUCUGAAGAUAUCAAGACCACUGAGCAAAAUGCAAGUGCUACUCAAAUAAAAUGGAAUUUGUCUUCAUAAGCCACCAACGGAAGUCAGUCUCCUGAUUUCAUGGAGUAAUGUAUUGCUUGUCCAGAGCUAAGCUGGAGCUCCCUGAGGGUGAAGACGCUGUCUGUAUUGUUCGUUAUGCACAGUGCCUCAUGCACUAUAGGUGCUCAAUAAAUAUUUGUUAAGUGAUGAAUGAAUAAACUGA